AUGCCACCGCCACGCCCGGAGCUUGAGAAUCCACCGGAUGUUCUCUACAACAACACCGGUGCUGCCCGUUACAAUAGCAGCACGCGUGUGCAGGCAGUCCAGCGGACUAUGACGCUGCGGGCGCUGGAGCUGCUGGGCCUUCCGGACGGCCACCCGGCGCUGCUGCUGGACAUUGGCUGUGGAAGUGGCAUCAGUGGCGACGUGUUGCGCGAGCACGGCCACACGUGGAUCGGUGUGGAUAUCAGCGGCGACAUGUUGGCGCUCGCCAAGUCUAUGGAAGAGAGAGAAGCGGACAGUGAGGAGAAGGACGAAGGUAGUGGGCGUAAACUGCCGGAAGGCCUGCAGAACGUCAAGUGGGGCCUCAUCACCGACAACGACGAGGACAGCGACGAGGAUGAAGAGCAACAGGAGGAAGGCGACAGUGUUUUGCCGGGGCCGUCGAUGGUGGAGGUGUUGCGCGGCGACAUGGGCCAAGGCCUGCCGUUCCGCCCUGGCUCCUUUGACGGUGCCGUGUCGAUAUCGGCGCUGCAGUGGCUCUGCCAGAGCGACUGCCGUGGCCACGUGCCGCAGCGCCGGCUGCGCGCGCUUUUUCAGUGCCUCUACAAUGCGCUACGCCGCGGCGCUAAGGCGGCCUUGCAGUUCUACCCGAGCGGUGUCGAGCAGGUCCACAUGAUCACGCGAGCUGCCAUGCUGUGUGGUCUUACCGGCGGCGUCGUCGUGGACUUCCCGCACAGCACCAAGGCGAAAAAGCAUUACCUGGUGGUGCAGGCCGGUCAGAUUGCAGGCGGGUUUGUGCCGCCACCGCCACUCGUCACGUACGCCAGCGAUGGCGAUGAAGAGGACGAAUUAGUGGACGAAGAGGAUGAAGAGGAGGAGGACGAGGAAGACGAGCGUUUACAGGCGCGUGUGGGCGGCCGCGUACCACACAAACGCCCUCGCUCACACGCCGGUGGGCCCGCAAACAAACGGCGGCGCCGCGACAAUCGCCCAGUCACUGGCACAAAGGAAUGGGUGCUGCUCAAGAAGUCGGAGCGGCGAAAGUUCGGCAUGCCGACAACGGAAGACACCAAGUACACCAUGAGGAAGCGACGUCCGCGUUUCUAA